ACCCCCGCCGGCACCUGGGGUGGCCUCUCCCCGCGCAAAGAGGAUGAAGAUCUCAACAACGUGCUGGAUUUUAUCCUCUCGAUGGGCAGCGAUGGCUACGGCCAGGGCGCGGCCGGUGGGGACUAUCCCCCUGCCCAAGGGGAGAGCGGUGGCUUUUACCAGACAAACCCGUCCCCGGGAUGCUACAGUGCCCUAGAGCAGGGCAGCCCCCCGCCCUACAAUGCCGGCAUCGUGCCGGAGAUGAUCCGCUCCGAGAUGGACUCCAACUACUGCCCUCCUGGCAACGUCCACGGGCGGUUUUUCGUGACACCCAGCUUCGGGGGCCCACAGUUCGUUGAGAACAUUAAGCCCGAACCCGACAUGGACAAUUAUGGACCAGUCCUGGGGCUGGUGCCCCAGGCUUGCCCAAAGAUCAAGCAGGAGGGCAAUGCGACCUGCAUGAUGGCCUAUGAGCAGCCCCGGGUGGCCAGCUCCCCCCAGAUCCCCGGGGCAGAGACACCCCCGCUGAGCCCCGAUGAUCUCAUGGUAAAUGACUGCCACACGCAGAUGAUGUGCCCCUCGUCCGUGUCCUUCCAGCAAAGCUACCACCCAGCCUCCGGCUUCCACCACCCACAGACCCAUCUCCAGUACCAGAACACCUCCCAGUUUGGCCUUUUCGAGGACAGCCUGCCCUUACAACCCUCCGCUCCCAGAGGCAUGCUCACCCCUCCUUCCUCCCCUCUGGAGCUGCUGGACUCCAAACCAAAAAGAGGACGUCGGUCCUGGCCGCGGAAGAGGACGGCCACUCACACGUGCACCUACGCGGGUUGUGGGAAGACCUACACCAAGAGUUCGCACCUGAAGGCCCACCUCAGGACGCACACAGGUGAAAAGCCCUACCACUGCAACUGGGAAGGCUGCGGCUGGAAGUUCGCUCGCUCCGACGAGCUCACCCGUCACUAUCGCAAGCACACCGGCCACCGGCCCUUCCAGUGCCACCUCUGCGACAGAGCGUUCUCCAGGUCAGACCACCUGGCUUUGCACAUGAAACGGCACAUGUAGCCCUAGAGACUCUGACCUGCGAACGGCGGACGUUAUUUAACUGCUCAGGUGCAGAAGCGUUAAAAACUUGUAGCUGGUACUACGUAGGGAGGCACCGACGCUC